AUGGCUUCGAACGAGCACCAACACCAAUCGGUUGAUGAUGGGCCAGGUCCCAUGUACAAGGAAAAAUGGGUGCAAGACCUGAUCCAGCAGCUCAAGGACUUCGUUGGUGCCAACCAUUCCUGGCUGGGUCUGGACGUGGAUAAGAAGCAGCGUGUCCUGGACUAUGCCUGUGGGAAUGGCACGAUUUCGGAGGGUCUCGCCCUCGUCUGCCCCAAAACAUCCUUCCACGGCAUCGACAUCCUCUCUGCCCAAGUCACCCGCUACAACACUGCAGCGGCAAACCUCCUCGGCGACGAUGCGAACCGCAUGGUCGCCAUCGAAGGCGAUCUCUUCAACCCUUCAACAACUUUGGAGGGCCCAGAAUGGUAUGGUUUCGACAUGGCCAUAACAAGCAUGGCCCUUCACCACUUCACCCACCCAGUCGACAUGCUCCGCCUCCUCGCCCAGCGCAUCAAACCCGGCGGUACAGUAGUCGUGGCGGACUGGUUGAAGGAUGUACCUCUGCCGCCGCGGGAAUCAGCCGGCGAAGGAGGAGAAAAGAGGAAGAGGAAGAAGCCGUAUCAUCCGGUCCAGAACGCUGAUCCUGAAGAGAUGGAAGAUAUUCACGGCACCAAGAUUUGGAUGGGGUUCACAGAGGAGAGUAUCAAGGAGAGUAUGGAGAUUGCCGGAUUGAAAGAGUGUGAGGUGAGGCUGCACCCAGAACUAUCGAAGAUGCCGGAGAACUUGGGUGGUGAUCAGCAGAUUUUUUAUGCGAAGGGGGUGGUUUCUUGA